AUGAAUCCUCAGAUGUUCAACUCAUUCCUUGAUGGUACCAAGUCUGCUCUAGAAAUGGCGGCGGUAGCAAACGGGUGCGAUCUGAGUCCUCCGUCGAACGGCUUAGAGUUCCCACCUUGCGGAGCUCACGAUCUACCUACAGUACUGAGGCCGCGGGAAGACGGUGGCCACCUCGAGGAGAAAGGCACGGUCGAAGUGGUCUCCUCGUUGGAGGUGGACGGACGACAAGUGCAGAAUGACAUCCGCUUUGGUGUGUUCGUUGUGUUUGAAGCACCCGGCCAGUAUCAGAAAGACUGCUUCAAGCAGUACGGCAUGCAGACGGACUCCACUGGCAAGUACGCAGUGCAGUACAAGCCAUACCAUCUUAUCGGCCUGGAGCUCGGCUACUCCAUCGCAUCAAUCAUGUGCCGCGGCGAGCCCACAGGUCAAACGAAGACCUGGGCCGGCGAUGUUGUCGCCACUGCAAAGCGAGAUCUCACGGCUGGCGAGAAGCUAGACGGUGAAGGCGGAUUCAUGGUGUAUGGCAAGUUGAUGCCGGCGCAAAAAUCGAUGGAGAUCGAAGGCUUGCCUAUAGGUCUGGCUCAUGGGCUAGUGCUGAAGAACGAUAUCAAGCAAGGGCAGGGAUUGAGUUGGCGGGAUGUUGAGUAUAGUGAGAAGACGCAGGCGGUAGCGGUGAGGAAGGAGAUGGAAACGAUGUUUAGACAAGAGUUUGGGAUGGGUGAGGUGCGUGCGAAUGGGACGACGUAG